GAAGAAGAAGUCGUUAAAAAAAAAAAAAAAAGAAAGCAGGCUCGGAUCCGUCAUGGCGGCUGCUGUGGUGAGGGGCAUCGGCUCUAACCUUGGUAAAAGCCUCCGAGAGAUUCGCUUUCACUUGUGUCAGACGUCGGCAGCGAGUCAGGGUGUGAGGGACUUUGUUGAACAGCAUUAUGUUGAGCUGAAGGGUGCGAACCCCGGGCUUCCCAUCCUGAUCAGGGAAUGUUCUGGAGUCCAGCCGAAGCUCUGGGCUCGAUACGACUUCGGAAAGGAAAGGAGCGUUUCUCUGGACAACAUGAACACCGAACAAGUAGCUAAAGCUCUAGAAACAGUGGUGCGGUCCAAAGCCUGACUGCCCCCCCCCCCCCCCCCCCGGAAGAACUGGUCCAUUCCCAGCUGGAGAGCCCUGUCCACUGCAAAUGUUGCUUUAUCAGUUAAUAUAUAAACCUGAAUACUCACAA